GUUGCAGACAGCUUUUAAAGAAAAUGGGUGGAGGCCCUGCGUGAUUUGAAUUGGUUCGCAUUAUAGGAAAGGGGCGGGGAAUCUGCUGGCUCGUUUGGCUCCUCUGUGAUGAGAUGCAGCUGCAGGAGGAGAGAGGCUGCUGCUGCUGUCUGAGGAGGAGGAGGCGAGCUGAAGAGGAUGACAAGUUAGUCUGCGUCGCACUCAAGUUCAAGAAAAAGUGCCGUUCAACAGUGUUCCUCACUUUUGACUAAUGAGAGCCACACGCAGAGCACUUUUAUAUCCAGAACCCAUUUUGGCCCUCUUGUUUGCAUGCCUUUAAACCUUAAUUACAAAGGUGAUUAAAGCAGGAAGAUGUUCUGCUGCUGGUUAAAAUGGACACUUUGCCUUCUCGGGCUCAUCACGACGAGCACCGGCUCACCUGACGUUGCACCGGUGGCUUUUGGAGGCGAGUCCGGCUCCGGGAUGCUGCAGACAGAUGAGGUGAACAUUCUGCAGGAGCUUUCUCUUCAGAUGUCAAACAGCAGUAACGCCUCAUUGACUGUGGACGACAGCAGGUGUCCAGUCCUACAAGUGGGACAGUACUCCACCUUGGCUCUCUCUCUUCAACAUCUCCUCACUGACGGGUUUGCAGAUGAGUUCAGUUUACUGGUGCAGCUGCGGAGUCCUCAGAGAGAUGAACGCAGUGUCUUCACCAUGCUCAGCCCCGACAGCCACGUUAUGGUGCAGCUGCGUAUCAGUGCUUCCGCCAUCAUCUUCAUAGGAACACAGCAGCGACACUACGAGUUCCCAGUCAGCGGUCUGUCUGAUGGAAAGUGGCACCAUCUGGCCGUCAGCGUGUCUGCCAAGCGGCUGGCGCUGUAUGUGGACUGCUCUCUGCAGGAGAGUGUGGACUGGGUGUACCACGGCAUGGGGAUCGGCGGCGAUGGGUUGCUCAUGGUUGGAGGCAUCAUCGAGGGCUUUGAAACUCCAUUUGAAGGUCAUCUCCGACAGCUCAGCUUCCUGAUGGGCGACCCAGAAGCAGCCCAGCAACACUGUAGCCGCCACCUGCCCCGAUGUGGUGAGAGCGCCCCCAAGUCUCCUCGCUCCCCACGCACCAACAACGCCAGGGAGAAUAUACUGCUGUCCUCAAAUGACCUGGAGGACCUGCUGGGGAAUCCCAAGGACGAGUCAUUGUUGAGCUUUGGCACAACUAAUCUGUAUCUGCGGCGAGGGAGUUCUCGAGGGGACGGAACGGUGCCUUCAGGAUCCAAUCGGAAAGGUUCAGUAGGUCGUGGGGAUGUCUUUGUAGUGGACGAGGACACAGACUUGUUGGAUCCGACCUUCCACAUUGGUGGACAAGUCAACCCUCGGUGGAAACCUUCCAGAAAUGGACUUAAGGGAAGCCAGAAAGGAAAGCCUGAACUAUCCUCUAAACAUUUGGAGGAGAACAUUACCACAGACAAGAAGGCUGACUCCAGUGGGAGGACGUCACCGCUUUUCCCCGGAAAACCAUCCGAGGACAUCGUUGACCUGGACGUCGGAGGUGCCCCCAAAAAGCCCUCAGUGGGAUUUCCUGUACCUAAGAUCCCUUCAGAUCCCAGAACGUCCACAGACUCUGGGACAUCUGCAAAGGCAGUAGUCCAGGAGGGGAGACCCAUCACCAACAGUAAACAACCAGACAAUGCCAUUGUUACCAUUGUAUCCAAAGAAGAAAACCUGGUCCUGGGCUCAGAUGGCAAAAUGUACCGGCUCCAGAGAGGACCAAUGGGCCGAAUGGGUCCCCCAGGGCAGGAAGGCUGUCCUGGUGAGGCUGGCCCGCCUGGGUUUAAAGGUGAUAAGGGUAAGCUUGGCCCUGAAGGGCGUCCAGGAAAAACGGGGAAGCCAGGACCUCCUGGACCGCCAGGUUUACCAACCCUCUACCUGUGGAAGAACACAGCGGAGGAAUGGGCUGCCUUUCAGCAAACCAAUUUCUACCAGUUACUUCAUGCUGGUUGGCCUAGUAAAGAAGGCCCUCCAGGACCACCUGGAGAGAUGGGCAAGCCCGGCAUACAGGGACCACCUGGUUACGCUGGGGAGCGAGGACGACCGGGGAUGCCAGGAGAGAUGGGCGAGCGGGGUCUCCGGGGCCUUCCAGGACGAGCCGGGGCCCCAGGGAGAGACGGGGAAAAUGGAGAAGAUGGUCAGCCCGGGUCACCUGGUGAUCCUGGAACGCCGGGCCUGUGGGGAUACAGAGGAGAACGAGGGUCCGAAGGGGAAAAAGGUGAUGAGGGUCUCAUAGGCCUCAAGGGACCAAGAGGAGAAAUUGGUGAACCUGGUGAGAAGGGCUCUACUGGUUUACUGGGCCCACCUGGUCCUGUCGGACCACCGGGGCCUCAGGGGAACCGAGGGGGCCAAGGGCCAGAGGGGCCCCAUGGGCCUGAUGGUGAGAGGGGACUGGACGGCCCUCCAGGUCUGCCAGGGCCGACGGGCGCAGCAGGUAUCACAGGAAGAGUUGGCGAUCAAGGAGUUAAUGGCUCAAGGGGAGACAUGGGACCUGCUGGCAGUGUCGGUCCCAAAGGCCCACAGGGGCCUCCAGGUUUAGAGGGACAGAUGGGACCUCCAGGACUCAGAGGACCCCAAGGACAUCCAGGACUGAUCGGUGCUCCUGGACCUAAAGGAGAUCCUGGGCCUGUGGGGCCCCUGGGUGCCCGAGGGGAUCCCGGCUUUGAGGGGCCCACGGGUGCUGCAGGGAGACCAGGUCCUAUUGGUUUUCCCGGGCUAACGGGUAACAGGGGACCAGAUGGGGACAAGGGGGAUCCAGGACCUAAAGGCGACAAAGGUAUUCUGGGGGCAGCAGGUAUUAGGGGUCCUCAGGGAGAGAGGGGCCCCACCGGCUCCCCAGGUUUUGCAGGCACCGAGGGCCGGCCUGGCCCCAAAGGCACUGAGGGCACAAAUGGAGAAACUGGUCCUCAGGGAAAACAGGGCAGCAGUGGGUUAAAGGGAAACAGGGGACCAGAUGGACGUAACGGCAAACCAGGACCCAGAGGGAACAAGGGCCGGCCUGGACAGAGGGGCCACACUGGCCAACCGGGUCCAUCGGGUUUGCCCGGGCCACCUGGACCAGAGGGAGCAGAAGGAAAGCCUGGUACACAGGGCCCCUCAGGUGCAGCUGGCAGCACUGGCAGUAGAGGGCCAAUGGGUUUUCAAGGAAUUCCUGGAGAGAGAGGAGCAGAUGGCCCACCAGGUUCACCGGGGCCACCGGGGAAACCAGGGCCCCCAGGAUCACCAGGACCCCAAGGGGACAAGGGUUUCACAGGGAAGCCAGGAAUGGAGGGACCUCAGGGCCCAGUAGGCAUGGUGUCCAGGGGAACGUGGGCAUGCGUGGGCCUCCCGGGUUUACAGGAGAAAGGGGUGAGCCAGGUUUACGAGGUUUACCUGGGCCUGUUGGGAAGCCAGGACCUGCAGGACUGCCAGGUCCUUCUGGAGACAAGGGACCCCGGGGACCUCAGGUGA